GUUUAACCUUACUGUCAUAACGUGUAUCUAUUUUCAUUUUCAAAGAAAAAACAUAAUCGACAACGGUGGGUUUGACUAUUUUAGACUCGUUUCCGCCUUUAUUAACUCGCUCGAUUACUUCUGCCUGAAAGUUUACAGCAAACAUGGCGGCAACUCAAGCUACGAAUCCUUCACAAUUGCUCCCGUUGGAGCUUGUGGACAAGUGCAUCGGUUCCCGCAUCCACAUUGUCAUGAAGACGGAUAAAGAAAUUGUCGGAACUCUUUUGGGCUUCGACGACUUUGUCAAUAUGGUCCUCGAGGACGUGACAGAGUUUGAAAUAACACCAGAAGGUCGAAGGAUAACCAAACUAGACCAGAUUCUACUCAACGGCAACAACAUUACAAUGCUUAUUCCAGGUGGAGAAGGUCCAGAAGUUUAGGACGAUUGGAGUAUUUUUCUUUUAUUUUGAAGUUUGUUGUCUCUUCUUGCUCUUUAAGCACGAAUAUACUUUUUUUUUUUUUUUUUUUUUUUUUUUUUU